AAGAAGAAGAAGAUGAUGAUGAUGAUGAUGAUGAUGCGGGUCACUUCCGCUCACGCGUCCUUCAGCCCGCAGCAGCUUCACGUCACAACGUCCGCAGAAUCUGAAUCAUGGCGGUCCAGGUGUCCGAGUCCGACCAGAUCAAACAGUUUAAGGAGUUUCUGGGGACGUACAACAAGGUGACAGAGAACUGUUUUAUGGAUUGCGUCAAAGAUUUCACCACCAGAGACGUGAAGCCGGAGGAGUCGAGCUGCUCCGAGUCGUGUCUACAGAAAUAUCUGAAGAUGACUCAGCGGAUCUCGAUGCGGUUCCAGGAGUACCACAUCCAGCAGAACGAGGCUCUGGCCGCUAAAGCCGGACUGCUGGGACAGCCUCGCUGAUCUGGACUCAGCCGGUCUGAACUGGACUCAUAACCCUGGCCCUGGCCAUGGCCCUGGUCCAGCAGGUCCAGCAGGUCCAGAUGGAAACAGACUCUGAAGUGAAGCUGGAUCAGAUUUUGUGUUGAAGCUGUUUUUUCUUUUUCUCGUGUCUGCAGAUUAUAAAUGUUCAACGUGUUUCAGGACCAGGAGCAUUUUACUUUUAUCAGGUUCCCAGAGUCCUGGAAAACCUGGAAAACCUGGAAAUGCAUUAAAAUGACCAAAAUCCUGAAAAUCUCUGUUGUCCUGCAAAUGUUUCCGUCUCUCAGGAUCAGAUCUGAAGAGAAUGUGACGUUGAGAGCGGGAAUGGAAUUCUAACCAUUAAAGACUUUUAGAGGCUGAAAUUAAAAUAAAUGUUUCACUUGUUAAGUUUGUUAAAUAAUAAUAAAAUGUUCUGUGCUCAUUGAACAUGUGACAUAUUUUACACAUCAGACUCAGUGUUCAGUCUGAUCGCCCCCUGCUGGACAGACUGUGUCACUACAUCCUCCCUAAAUCACAGUCAGUUAUUUAAUAAAGUUUUAUGAAACAUG